GAGCAUUAGGAGUAUUAUUUAAUCUAAAUAAACAGUAAACACCUUCUGCCCAGCCAGAAAGCGUGAGUACUGAGUAGUGACGUAGUGAGUAUUGUUUGUUGUGUGUUGACAACAUGUGAACAGUGAAGGUUUAAAAACGACAACUACCUAUUUGAUAAGUGCGAGAAACGAAAAUGGGGAGAAACAAGAAAGUAUACAGCCUGAGCAGGGAAGAACGAAUGGUGAUUACGAUUGGUGAGGUAAUUCAAGAACUUAUCAAGGCUCAUGAAAAUGGUAAAGACGUAGAUCUGAAUAAACUGAAAACACGAAUAGCAUCAAAAUAUGGUUUAGAAUCGUCGCCACGAUUGGUGGAUAUUAUCGCUGCUGUACCUCUUGACCACAAGAAGACUUUGUUGCCAAAAUUGAAAGCAAAACCAAUCAGGACUGCAAGUGGGAUUGCAGUGGUUGCUGUGAUGUGCAAGCCACAUCGCUGUCCACACAUCAAUAUGACUGGUAACAUAUGUGUGUAUUGUCCUGGAGGUCCAGACUCUGAUUUUGAGUAUUCAACACAAUCUUACACAGGAUAUGAACCAACAUCCAUGCGAGCCAUCAGAGCACGAUACAAUCCAUAUUUACAAACAAGACAUAGGGUUGAACAAUUGAAGCAGCUUGGCCACAGCGUAGAUAAAGUUGAAUUUAUAGUCAUGGGUGGAACCUUUAUGUGCUUGCCAGAGGAUUACAGAGAUUAUUUUAUUAGAAAUUUGCAUGAUGCUCUAUCUGGACACACAAGCAACAAUGUGGAUGAAGCUGUGAAAUAUUCAGAGAAAAGUAAGACUAAAUGCAUUGGAAUUACUAUUGAAACUAGGCCAGAUUAUUGUCUCAAAAGGCAUUUGUCAGAUAUGUUGAGAUAUGGAUGCACUCGUCUAGAGAUUGGAGUCCAAUCUGUAUAUGAAGAUGUUGCAAGAGACACAAAUAGGGGACACACAGUGAAAGCAGUCUGUGAGAGCUUCCAUUUGGCAAAAGAUGCUGGCUUUAAGGUGGUUGUUCAUAUGAUGCCAGAUCUUCCAAAUGUUGAUUUUGAAAGAGACAUUGAACAGUUUAUAGAAUUCUUUGAGAAUCCAGCAUUUCGAGCAGAUGGUUUAAAGAUUUAUCCAACGCUAGUGAUUCGUGGCACAGGACUUUAUGAACUCUGGAAAACUGGAAGGUACAAAAGUUACCCACCAAGCACACUCGUUGACCUUGUUGCACGCAUUCUUGCACUUGUACCUCCGUGGACAAGAGUGUACAGGGUGCAGAGGGACAUCCCCAUGCCAUUAGUGAGCUCUGGAGUUGAACAUGGGAAUUUGAGAGAACUGGCCUUAGCGAGAAUGAAGGAUCUAGGUACUAGUUGUCGAGACGUUAGAACAAGAGAGGUUGGGAUACAAGAAAUUCAUCACAAAGUUCGACCCUAUGAGGUAGAACUGAUUAGAAGAGAUUAUGUUGCAAAUGGUGGCUGGGAAACAUUUCUGUCCUAUGAAGAUCCUGAGCAAGAUAUCCUUGUUGGUCUUCUUCGCUUGCGAAAGUGCUCAGAGGAAACAUUUAGGUCUGAACUUAAGGGUGGAGUUUCAAUAGUUCGUGAACUUCAUGUUUAUGGUAGUGUAGUACCAGUGAAUGCACGUGAUCCUACAAAGUUCCAGCAUCAAGGAUUUGGAAUGUUACUUAUGGAAGAAGCUGAAAGGAUUGCUAAGGAGGAGCAUGGAUCUGUUAAAAUAGCAGUAAUAUCAGGUGUUGGCACCAGGAAUUACUACAGGAAAAUUGGAUAUGAACUUGAUGGGCCAUACAUGUCAAAGUUAUUACUGUGAAUUAAAUGUCAGACAAGAGUGAAUACUGUGAUCAGAUUACAAUGAUCUUUAUUUAUGUAAAGUAUUUAAAAUAAAAGAGUUUUAAAUA